CACUUCAACACUUUACCAUAGAUCAGGAGCUCCCCGGGUUCGAAAGGAAGACGAAGACGCAUAUGACGUUGCGAAGACCUAUAUUUUGCGGCCGUACCCGGAUAUUAUUUUUUUGACUUUAUUAUCAGAAAUGAAUUCGUAGUUUGGGCGCUGUACAUGAAAUUCCCAACUGCCGAGUAAAUCAAAGCCUUGGCAAUUAAAUCCUUGGCAAUGGACAAUCGAGGGAGUAAUGGUGGAGACGGCACACAUGGCGCCUGGAGAGGCCGUAAAGAAUAUAUAAAUAUGAUAGUGGCAGCCAUUACAGUAUGUUUCACGCUAUCUAUUCCUUUAUCAACAGCCAGCAGUCUAGACGUUGUGCAUCAAGUUCCUGAAGGGCAUGUUGGGGCCUAUUGGAGGGGUGGUGCUCUUCUGAAAACAAUCACUUCUCCAGGUUUCCAUCUUAAGAUUCCUUUGUUGACUCGAUAUGAGCCAAUUCAAGUGACCAUUCAAACAGAUAAGGUAACUAACAUACCAUGUGGUACAAAGGGUGGAGUAAUGAUUUACUUUGAAAAGAUUGAGGUAGUGAACCGUCUUCGAAAGGAAUAUGUUUAUGAGACACUACUCAAUUAUGGUGUGAAAUAUGACAAGACUUGGAUAUAUGACAAAAUACAUCAUGAAAUCAAUCAAUUUUGCAGUGCCCACACUCUGCAGGACGUGUAUACUGACAUGUUUGACCAGAUUGAUGAGAAAAUGAAAGAAGCAAUUCAGGCUGAUUGUACACGCUAUGCCCCUGGCAUCGAGAUAAUUGGUGUAAGGGUGACAAAGCCGACAAUUCCAACAAGCAUUGCUCGAAAUUAUGAACAAAUGGAGGAAGAACGCACAAAAGUUUUAAUAGCAAUUGAGAGACAAAAGGUAGUGGAAAAGGAAGCUGAAACGGAAAAGAAAAUGGCUGUAACAGAAGCUGAGAAAAAUUCUCAUGUCAGCAAGAUUCUAAUGGAGCAAAGAUUGAUGGAGAAAGAGAGUAUAAAGCGGCAACAACAGCUUGAGAAUGAAAUGUACUUGGCUCGUGAAAAAAGUCAUACAGAUUCUAACUAUUACAGGGUCAUGAAGGAAGCUGAAGCAAACAAACUAAAACUUACCCCAGAAUAUUUGGAACUGAAGUUUAUUGAGGCCAUUGCAAAUAACUCAAAAAUGUUUUUUGGAGAGAAGGUGCCAAACAUGGUUAUUGAUCAGAGACUAUUAGGAAACUUUAUGUCACAAGUUGUAAAACCGGGAAAACCAGAAUUGCAAGAAGAAUAAUCAAAUUUGGGGAGAAACUAUGUUUCUUUGGAAUUGUACUGCAUCAAUGGAUCUUUCUAAUGGCUUCUGCAUGAAAUUUUUGUUGGUAAAUAUGCUUGAGCUACAAUUUGACCGGGACAGUGAAUAGGUAAACCCAAUUUGAAGAUGUAAAUGUUUCCUCAAUGCAUGCCUCGUAUCUUGCACAUUAGAAUACUGCAUGUAAUACACUUAAAUAUUUUUAAUGCAGUUUUUGAAUCCUCAA